AUGUUCAUUUUGGUACUAAGUCGUUGGUACAAUACAUUAAGAACAAGACAAAAGAACGUGAAAGAGGAAGCGAUGAAUAUGGCGAUGUUAAAAGAAAACGAAGAAAGAAAUCAGUACUCGGAAAAUAAGCGAAAGAUUUCACUAUCGAAUGCCACAGAUUAUAAAGUACUCUCUCGUCUACAUUCUUUAACAGUUUCUGAGGUUGCUGAAUUCUCCGAUCUUAUCAAUUCGAAACUCAGAAGUGAUCGGAUAAAUUCAGAUGAUGAUACUGAUGCUGAUGAAUUUUUAUCAGUUUGUGCUACAUCUUACGGAUCAGUUCAUGAAUUAGAAGAAGUAAGCGAUGUGGAAUCGCCGCAGACAAAACAAGAGUUGCAGAUAGUGGAAGAAUCUAUCUUAGAUGAUAAUAUUCAAAAUUCGAAUGAAAAUAAUAUGAAGAGAGAAUUUAUUUCGAAAGUCGCAAGUGUCACGAACACUACAGAGCGAAAAGAUGAAGCGAUAAUGCUUCAACAUAUCGAUAUUUCGGAUGAGGAUAAAUAUCAUUUGAAGAAGAUAGUUCAUCCUCUACUGCAGUUGUCAGCGUUAUCAACAACAGAUUUAAGAAACGAUGAUGAAUCACUUGUAACAAAUUCCAUGCUUGAUUCACUCAAAACGGAAUCUUCUAAAAAUUUGAAAUCUUGGCUAGUUUGUCCCCUAGAGCCGUUUUCAUCUUUAGAGACUUCCUUGCCCUCACGUCGUCACUUUUUUUUGACCUCAGACAGUACUCAACAGUCUUUGAAUUCAUAUUUUCGUACCAACGUACCAUGCUUCAUUGAUUGUUCAGAAGAUAGUACAUCUGAUAACAAUGUUCUACAAAAAAAUCUCUCUGUAGAUGAUACUGUUUCGCUAUCAUCACCAUUGAACACGGAACUUUUAUACAACCAUGAAGUCGAAAGGAAUUCAGAUGCAAUUGAUUCGGAAUUUGAAAUUGAGGAUAGAGUACUGGGCCAAAUACCAGAAGCUUGCAAUGUACGUUUUGAUCAUGGGUCGGACUUCGUUUCACCCAUGAAUCAUGAAGAAGACAAUAUGAGUGCCGGCAGUAUGCAUCCCAAUUUAACGUCCGGGAUAGCAUCUGAUCUUGAACCUUAUAUUUUGACUUAUCAAAAUAAUAUUGAAAAUAGAGAGUGUACAGUAAUUUCGGAAAUUAACAAACAAAUUUAUGAUGCAAAGACUCCUAAUCUGAUAGUUGAAAAAAACGAUCUUUUUUUGAGCUGUUACGAUACGUUGUUCGAAAACGCAAAUGAUAGAGAAACUACACUUUUAAUCCCAUCGAGUGGGAACGAAAGCAAAACGCAAGAAACAACGUUAUCUGCAACGACAGGCGGUAACAGUAAUGAUGACGCAACGAAAUUGAAAAAAUCGAAAACCUUUAUCUCGGUGAAAAGUCAAAAACUCAUUCAGCAACAUAAUCAUCCUGUUACGGCAGUAGCGUCUAAUUAUAGAUCAGUAAAUCCUCAUGGAACAAAUCAUGAAUUUCCUUGUACUCUGUCGCCCGGUACGAAACUGAUGCUUCCAGAUGAUUCGUAUAAUGGCCCAUCAGCUGGUUCGCCGAGUGCUGGGAGUGAGAGUGCAUAUGGUGAUGAUGAAAUGGAACGAGAACAGGAAGAAGUGCUUGGAAGUGAUGACGAGGAACAGGAGGAUCCUAAAGAUUAUCGGAAAGGCGGCUAUCAUCCAGUUGGAAUUGGUGAUGUGUUCAAUGGACGUUAUCACGUGAUUCGAAAGAUGGGAUGGGGCCAUUUUUCGACAGUUUGGCUUUGUUGGGAUACGGCUCAGAUGCGUUUUGUUGCAAUGAAAAUCGUGAAAUCAGCUGAUCAUUAUACAGAGGCAGCGUUAGAUGAAAUCAAAUUGCUUAUGGCAGUACGUGAUGCAGACGAGAACGAUUUGUUCCGUGAGCGAGUUGUGCAACUUCUAGAUGAAUUUUCAGUAACCGGCGUUAAUGGAACGCAUGUUUGCAUGGUUUUCGAGGUUCUUGGAUGCAACUUACUAAAACUGAUUAUCAGAAGUAAUUAUCAGGGUCUUCCAUUGGAACAAGUACGCGUUAUCAUUAAACAAGUACUAGAAGGACUACAAUAUCUUCACGAGAAAUGUCAAAUUAUACAUACUGAUAUAAAACCAGAAAAUGUCCUCGUUACAAUGACACAUGAACAAGUGAGACGGAUAGCGGCAGAAGCAAUUUUGUCAGGCAAAAUGGGCUUCAAAUUAUCAGGAAGUGCUGUAAGUACUGCCCCGCAGCACAUGGUUAAAAAAGCUGAAGAAGCAAUGUCGAAAAACAAGAAGAAAAAAUUAAAGAAAAAACGGAAGAAACAGCGAGAACUACUGGAGCAACAGUUAAUACAGAUGGAAGGAUUGACUGUAGAUCCAAACAUUGUAUUGGCUUCACUAAAUUCCGAGGAACGAAAUAAAGUAAUUUCACUUUCCUUUCACCAAGAUAUACUAAGCGAAAAUACGAUAAAUCCGCAGAAUAUGCAUGAAUUGCAGUUGCUUGGAAAAGAAUAUAGCAACAGUUGUAAUGCUAAUAAUAGCAACCGAUAUGCAUUACCCGAACUAUUGCGUUCUGCGGCCGUGGCCGCUGCAAAAGUGCCCGGUGGAAAUAAUGUUAGUAUGAGUGCACGACCUCAUGAUAAUGGUGGUACCAAUGGUAUUGUUCGUUCAUAUGCAAGUCAUUCGGUGGGUGCUAAGCCAGCAGCAGCUUUCUGCAAUACGACUUAUUUGAGCGUUGAUGACCAAUAUAGAUAUAAUCAGCUUAAAUCAGAAAUAGUGGCAACGAAGGCUGAAGACGUACAAAUAAAUGAUUUUAUUACGAAGGACACUUCUGUUUAUUCGGUUGCACGACAGAAUCAUCGUACUUCAGUUGAGAUACCAAUUGAAAAUGUUGCACUUAAAGCUGUUGAAGUAGAAGACGCAGCAGAAUAUCCACUGUUGAAUCUUGGUAGUGACAAUGAUCUGGUUGUGGAAGGACCACCCCGAUUUUUGCCUCGAAUGGAAUCAGAUACUCGUUCAGAGAAUGAAAUUAAAGAAUCAGCUUUGCAACUUUUAUUAGAAAAAGAGGGUUUAUCACCGAGACGUUCGGAGCCAGACUACUUAAAUCCGGCCACUGAGAUCAAUGUUAAGCUUGCUGAUUUGGGAAAUGCUUGUUGGACGCAUCAUCAUUUUACGGAAGAUAUUCAAACUCGACAAUAUAGAAGUUUGGAAGUGCUGAUAGGUGCUGGUUAUGGUCCACCAGCUGAUAUCUGGAGUACUGCUUGCAUGGCAUUUGAAUUGGCAACAGGCGACUAUCUGUUUGAACCUCAUAGCGGUGAUACAUACAGCAGGGAUGAAGAUCACUUAGCGCAUAUAAUCGAGCUUCUAGGAACUAUUUCUCCAAGAGUCUACAAAAAAGGAACUCACUGGCGUGAAUUCUUUGAUAAGCAUGGACGUCUGCUUCAUAUUCACCAGCUAAAGCCAUGGUCUUUGGUGGAAGUGUUAACACAGAAAUACGACUGGCCAAUCGAAUCAGCUGGUCAAUUUGCUUCAUUUCUGAUCCCGAUGUUAGCAUUUGAUCAAGAUGAGCGUGCGACAGCUCGACAAUGUUUACAGCAUGACUGGUUAAAACCGAAUGGUGGUAAACUAUUACGUACAGCGGAAAAGCAGCAGGCGCAAGUAUUGUUAGAGGAACAACAUGAACAAGAAUCAUCUCGGAUUCUCGAUCCAUCUCCUCAGGAUGAGUUGUCGGAAUUAGGUGGUGAUAUCGAUAAUGCAGAAGGGGAAGAAUACUUCGUAACGGAUGAAAUACAUUCAACUUCUCUUCUUAAAGAAUCUCAACAGUCAGUUAGCACUAAUGAAGGCGAUGUUUAA